GUACUAAUAUCAUCAAUGGUGAAGAAGUUGCCAUUAAGCUUGAAUCUAUCAAAGCUAAACAUCCACAAUUAGAAUACGAAGCUAAAGUAUACAAAACACUUGCCGGUGGCGUGGGUAUCCCAUUUGUCCGCUGGUACGGCACAGAAUGCGAUUACAAUGCAAUGGUGAUUGACUUGCUCGGCCCAUCAUUGGAAGAUUUAUUUAACUUUUGUAAUCGUAAAUUCUCAUUAAAAACAGUAUUGUUAUUGGCCGAUCAAUUG